UAUGACGUCACGUUCUCAGAUUAACUGUUGUUGAACUGCAUGUCCCAUAUGGCCGUGACUGACAUUUUAUUGGAAAAGCUAAUCAGUUUUAACUGAAAGUUAAAUGAAUUUAAAUGCAACGUAAGCCUGAAAAACGUGAGACUUCCUGCUGAUAUCCAAAUUUGAUGGUCUACAGGCCAACACAAGGACAUACACUGAUCAGUCAGAACAUUAUGGCCAGGUACCUAAUAGCCAGUAUCUCCACCUUUUGCAUGGAUAACAGCGGUGAUGCAUCGUGGCGUGGAAGCCGUAAGGCCUUGGUUGUGAUUUGAUUUUGAAAUGAAAAUGGCAUCACUUGUCCCCAGAAAACAUAAAUGGGACAUGUCACUGAGUGAAAGACUACAGAAAUGCCCACACGUUGGGGAGAGUGAAACAGAAAAUAAUGACUGUCAAGAAGUUUUUUGUGUGGACAGUGACUGUCAAAUGAAUGAUGUUGACUGUAUUUUUGUGUCUGAAGAAAUCACAAAAAAGAGAGUUCAAAAUCAUGCUUGCCUGUCACCUGAAGCAAUGAACCUUCAGAAGGCUUCCAGACCUAUUCAAGAGCUUUAUGGUUGCUCAUGCAGGAUAGAACGAAUAUGGAGCAUGAGCAGUGUGUGUUACUCAAGGACUGAAGAAAACUUAGAGGAGUUGAUACCAAUAGAAAUUGAUUGUGGACCUGAGGAAAUUACCAUUGAUGAUGACAGCAAUGAAGGUGGUGGUGGUGGUGAUGUUAUAAUAGUGGAAUCUAUCCAAUCGUCACAAAAUCUACCACAUGAAUUAAAUGAAAGCACCUCAUUAACAAAAAGACAAACAUAUCCAGGGUGUACCAAUGAGAGGUCUAUCAUUGACCAAGCACCAGAGCCAUGCACCAUUCAGGCUGAUGUAUCCUCUGUCCCAACAACAAAUCACAGAGUUUUUGGUGAACUUAGAACCCUUGUGAAAUUCUCAGGAGGAAAUUCAGUGUCUUCAAGUAUGAAAGCUAAUGUCAUGUGUGGUUGUAUCACUGACAAAGGAAACAGUGGUGUUGAAAGAGUUCCAGUGCAUGCAGUUUGUACAUGUGAAAUGCUGAGAGAUAGCUACACAAAGGCAUUGGGGAAAGAGUCAUCAGCUAGAAAACACCAGACGUUCAGUUAUGGGAUUGUAACUGAAUCUGCUCCAGUUCAGCGUGUGCCUUUGCAACAACUGUUACAACAGGGUUUAUCAGUACUUGGUGCACCACCAGGAACCACAAACAUGCAAGAGGAAGGGAAAGACAAGCAACAGUGGCCAUCCCCUCUCCUUUCUAAAGAACACAUAAAUCAGACACUGCAACAGAGAUUUUCUGUAGUGAACCCAGUGACAAAAGCUACAUCUGCACAAGAGAAACAUCCAUAUCAGCCAUCACAGCAGCAGAAUUCAGACAUGAUAGAAAAUACAUAUGAUUUAAGGUUGCCUGAUACGGAGGGAAACAAAAUUUCAGAUACAGAAUCCAUGUGCCAGUCUUCUGCAGACAGCCCAACCUCCUCUUCUACUCCAGAGAGAAACUUGUUGUGUACAUCUGUUUCCACUAUGAGUUCUAUGGACUCUGAUAACAGUGUUUCAGAUCAUACUGAGGGAGAUGCAGAACAGGAUGUUAUUCCUGUUAGAAAUGUCUUUAUUGAAGAAAGCCAUCUUCCUCCUUUGGGUGUGAUAAAUCACCCACCUGUAGCUGUAGGAGAUUCUACAUAUAUCAUGAAGGACAUAAGACACCCAUGGGUUCUUGCGACAGUACAGGAUAUUGUGCCACAAAAUAAUCAGACGUUGUACACAGUGGAGUUCCAGAAUUCUAAAAACAACGCAAAGAAAAUAAAAAAAGUUUCAAGCUUUCAGCUAGCUUAUACCAAGGUGCAAGAUUUUCGUUUUUCUGUUGGACAUCGCAUUAUCUCUAUUUUCCGGGAUGGAAUUUCAGAUGAAGAGUAUUAUCCUGGUGUGAUUGCAGAACCACCAAAGUCCAUAAAUAAUUACAGGUAUCUAAUAUUUUUUGAUAAUGGUGGCUGUCAGUAUGUGAAACAUGAAGAUAUACGUCUUGUUGUGGAAAGUUCUCCAAGUGUGUGGGAAGAUGUUCAUAUGGAGAUUCAAGAUUUUGUUAAGAAUUAUCUGGAGAAGUACCCAGAGAGAGCUUUGCUUAAGGUGCAAGGAGGACAGUAUGUCAGUACUGAGUGGAAUGGGAGUUGGUACAAUGCAAAAGUUUUAGCAGUAAAUGCCUCUCUUGCUCAAAUGUCUUUCCCACCUAGUGGGAAACAUGUAGAAUGGAUCUACAGGGGAUCUGCCCGCUUUUAUCCACUUUUUGAGGCACAUAAUAGGACUUCUAAAGAGCAGUUUGCACGCUCAAAAUUGUUUACAAGAAAGCGAGGUGAUCCAUAUAUUCAGUACACCCUGGAAGAGGAAGAACAAUUGGACAGAGAGAUAAAAGGUAUAUCUAACCUUUUUGAUACACCCGAAAAACACGUACCAGCCAUAGAGAAAUUUGAGCCAGUGCAUCAUUACUCAGCUCGAAUGAGCACAUCAUCUCAGCUAAAAGCCUGGUAUCCACAUUUACCAUCUGCAGUAAAAGCUCCUAAAAGGAUAUUUUACCCAUGCUAUUCUCAGGUUACCUAUAAAAUGCACAAGUGUCAGCCUACAUGUCUGGCUGUAAGCACUGGAAAAGAUUGUGCCAGAUUUCAGAACCUCCUCAGUCAUCUUUCAGAACCAAUGUUACACGGCUGGACGAGGGAGAAGGUGAAACAUUCAGACUAUGUCUCUGUGUACUACAGAGCUCCCUGCAAGCGCAGGUUACGUAAUAUUGAGGAGCUGCAUAAAUACCUGUUGAAAACUAAAUCCAAAAUGACUGUUGACCAGUUUGACUUCGAUCAUUGGGUGAGGUGCUUCACAGAAGGGACUAAUGAGAAGUACUUCAUAAAAAUUGAGGACAUCUCAGAUGGUGUAGAGGCUGUUCCUGUUCCCUGUAUUAAUACAGUUGACUCAAGGAAACCAGAUAAAUUUAUGUAUGUCACCAAGUAUGUGGCUACAAAUGGAACAUACAUUGAAACAGACCCAGAAUUUCUCACAUGCUGUGACUGCACUGAUGACUGCCUGGACAAGGAAAAAUGUACUUGCUGGCAGCGUACAAUGGAAGGAGCUAAAUAUAGCCCAGAAAAUAUGCUGUUCAGCCAAGAGGGUUACAACUACAAACGUCUGUAUGAGCCACUCAUAACAGGCAUCUAUGAAUGUAAUUCACGAUGUAAGUGUUCAUCAACUUGCCUUAACAGGCUGGUUCAACUUCCCAUGAAGUGUAAGAUUCAGGUUUUCAUGACUCCUAACCGUGGAUGGGGAAUACAGACUCUUCAUGACACACCAAAAGGCAGUUUCAUCUGUUUAUAUGCUGGGCUUGUACUUCCAGAAAAAGUGGGAGACACUUUGGCAAAAGAAGCUGGCGAUGAAUAUCAAGCAGACUUGAAUUACAUAGAAGAUGCAGAAGAAGUAAAGGAAAACUAUGAGGAGAAUCCAUAUGAAAGUGAAUUAGAGGAGGACUGUGGCAAAAGGAAGAACUCAAAACACAGAGAACAAAUCACAAUUUCUCGGAAGUUAACUGGCAAGAGGUAUAGAAUUGUGGCACCGUCUGCAAGAGUUCUGUUUGGCCGAAAUGGAAGAUAUAUCCUGGAUGCUAAAACCUGUGGAAAUUUAGGUCGUUUUAUCAAUCAUUCGUGUAAUCCAAACAUGUUUACCCAGAAUGUCUUUGUGGAUACACAUGAUCUCCGACUACCAUGGGUGGCUUUCUUCACCAAUUCAUUUGUGCCAGCCAGUACAGAGCUGACAUGGAACUAUGGUUAUGAUGUGGACAGUGUUCCAGACAGAAAGAUCAUUUGUAAAUGUGGUGAGCCAAAUUGUCAAGGCAGGUUGCUAUAAAUAGUUGUUGUUGUUGUUGUUGUUGUUGUUGAUAAGGGAGAUCUGUAAUUAUUUAUUAUUUCAUAAAGUUUGAGCAUAAA